AUGUAUGCAUUGCCUACUAGUGCUGACCGUGCCGGUCACCUGUGCGUACCGCCUGAACCGGGUAUCGAGCCUGCUGCUCUAGCUGCUGGUGCGGCUGCUGCUCUGGGUGCUAGUGUGUCUCCUGCUCCAGGUACAGGUGCGGCUGCUGCUCUAGGUGCUAGUGAGUCUGCUUCCUCAGGUGCGGGUGAAACUGCUCUCUCAGGUACCGCGGCGGCUCCGGCCUCUCACACCUUCACCCUUGACUCGGGAGCUUCCCGCUCCUUCUUUCGAGACCGCACCACACUCACGCCGCUUGGUCGGCCAGUUGCACACCCUGUCUGGUAUUACCUCCCCUCGUUCUCUACGAACUUGGUGAGUGGUGCUGACCUGCAGGAUGCGGGGGUUCACCAGUUCACUCCUGCGAGUCAGCGGGUGACCCACUGCACGGACGCUCGGAGAGGCCGACACCUGGCCACGUUUACUCGUCGGCCGGGGUCGAGCCUGUACACACUUACCACUGCGUCUCCUCCAGUCCCUGCGUCUGGUCAGGUAGCUGCAUCGGGUCAGGUGUUUGCUGCAGCGUCCAGGUCUGGUCCUGAGUCUGCCCCCUGCUCGUGUCGCCUCCUGUCUCACGAGACUCUCCUCUGGCACCACCGCCUUGGUCACCCCUCCCUGCUUCGUCUCCGAAGCAUGGCCUCCCGUGUCCUUGUCUCUGGUCUUCCCCGGUCCCUCCCUCCCCUUCCUCCGGGGCCUGGCCCUACCUGCGUCCCCUGUGUCGAGGGGCGGCAGCGGGCUGCCCCUCACUCCUCCCAGUUUCCUCCGACAGAGGCCCCGCUGCAGACGCUUCACAUGGACGUGUGGGGCCCGGCCCGCGUCCGUGGACAGGGUCACGAGCGCUACUUCCUGCUGGUGGUUGACGACUACUCGCCUGAGGCGGAGCUUCGGCUCGGACUUUCCUGUUCUGCGUCUGCACUCUGA